AUGAUGGGGCUUGGAAUCUACGGUUACACUGCUCCGGCUAAAAACUCCGGCGGCAGCGCGGCGGUUUAUGAUGUACCCCAAGGUGUAGACAUUAGGGGUCGAUACGAUGCGGAGUUUGCGAAGAUUCUUACUAAGGAUGCUCUGCAGUUUGUUGCUGAACUGCAGAGGGAGUUCAGGAACCAUGUUAAGCAUGCAAUGGAGUGUAGAAUGGAGGCUAAGGCGAGGUAUAAUGGUGGGGCGGUGCCGGGGUUUGAUCCGGCCACGAGGUUUGUGAGGGAGGGAGAGUGGACGUGUGCGGCAGUCCCGCAGGCUGUGGCUGAUCGGAGGGUGGAGAUCACGGGACCGGUGGAGAGGAAGAUGAUUAUCAAUGCACUCAAUUCUGGAGCUAAAGUAUUCAUGGCUGACUUCGAAGAUGCUCUGUCGCCACACUGGGAGAACCUGAUGAGAGGGCAAGUGAAUUUAAAGGAUGCUGUUGAUGGGACUAUAAGCUUCCAUGACCAGGCCAGGAAUAGGGUUUACAAGCUCAAUGAACAGACAGCCAAGCUUUUUGUCCGCCCGCGAGGUUGGCAUCUACCUGAGUCCCACGUCUUCAUUGACGGUGAACCCGCAAUCGGUUGCCUUGUGGAUUUCGGCCUUUAUUUUUACCACAACUAUGCAACAUUCCGCCGGAACCAAGGCGCAGGAUUUGGGCCUUUCUUCUACCUCCCUAAAAUGGAGCACUCAAGGGAAGCUAGAAUAUGGAAUAGCGUAUUCGAGAGGGCAGAGAAAAUGGCUGGGAUAGAAAAAGGAAGCAUCAGAGCCACUGUUCUAAUUGAAACACUUCCGGCAGUCUUUCAAAUGGAUGAAAUCCUUUAUGAGCUAAGGGACCACUCUGUCGGCUUGAACUGCGGCAGAUGGGAUUACAUAUUCAGCUAUGUCAAGACUUUCCAGGCUCACCCUGAUCGCCUGUUACCGGACAGGGUUCAGGUCGGAAUGACACAGCACUUCAUGAGGAGUUACUCCGAUCUCCUCAUCAGGACCUGCCACAGGCGCGGUGUGCAUGCUAUGGGAGGCAUGGCAGCACAGAUCCCGAUUAGAGAUGAUCCGGUGGCAAAUGAGGCAGCACUGGAGCUGGUGAGGAAGGACAAGCUGAGAGAAGUAAGGGCAGGGCAUGAUGGAACUUGGGCAGCCCACCCUGGUCUGAUCCCAGCCAUCAUGGAAGUCUUUACCAAUAACAUGGGCAAUGCUCCUAACCAAAUCCAGACCGUGAAGCGAGAAGAUGCAGCAAACUUGACCGAAGAAGACCUCUUACAAAGGCCUAGAGGGGUUAGAACCAUGGAAGGCCUCCGGCUCAACACCAGGGUCGGAAUCCAGUACUUGGAAGCAUGGCUCACCGGAACUGGAUCGGUUCCUCUCUACAACCUCAUGGAGGAUGCUGCUACGGCAGAGAUUAGCAGAGUUCAGAACUGGCAGUGGUUGAAGUAUGGAGUGGAACUGGUCGGAGAUGGACUUGGGGUGAAGGUGAACUUGGACCUCUUCGGUAGAGUGGUGGAAGAAGAAAUGGCUAGGAUUGAAAGGGAGGUUGGUAAGGAAAAAUUCAAGAAGGGUAUGUACAAGGAGGCUUGCAAGAUUUUCACUAGGCAGUGCAUAUCCCCGGCACUCGAUGAUUUUCUGACCUUAAAUGCCUACAACCAUAUUGUCACCCAUUAUCCCAAGGGAUCAUCCAGGCUCUGA